AUGAAUAUCCGCUGUGCAAAGCCCGAGGAUCUGAUGAACAUGCAGCACUGCAAUCUGCUGUGCCUGCCGGAGAAUUAUCAGAUGAAGUACUACUUCUACCACGGAUUGACGUGGCCCCAGCUCAGUUACGUGGCCGAGGAUGACAAAGGUAACAUCGUGGGUUACGUGCUGGCCAAGAUGGAAGAGCCGGAACCGGGCGAGGAGAGCACCCAUGGACACAUUACUUCGUUGGCCGUGAAACGAAGCUACCGCCGACUUGGGCUGGCCCAGAAACUCAUGAACCAGGCCUCGCAAGCGAUGGUCGAGUGCUUCAACGCGCAGUACGUCUCGUUGCACGUCCGCAAGUCGAACCGAGCUGCGCUGAACCUGUACACCAACUCGCUCGGCUUCCGCAUUCUGGAGAUUGAGCCGAAAUACUACGCGGACGGCGAGGACGCGUACUCGAUGCGGCGCGAUCUGGCAGAACUGGCCAAACUGUUCGAGAGGGAACUGCCGCCGAGCGGAGGAACGGAAAACCAUGACGGUGCUGCGGUAAUAACUAACCACAAGGGAGCCGGUCACGCGGGACACGACGGACACUGUUGCUAGUGAUGGGACGGGAGGGCUGCCAAAAUACGACGGAUCGUGAGUAGAUUUUGUGCGUUCAAUCAGAAAUAACGGCGAAGAAUACAGUUUAAGGUAUGUGUGAAAAUGGUA